AUGCCACGUUAUUAUUGUGAUUACUGUGAUGUAUUUCUAACACAUGACUCUGCUUCUGUUAGAAAGGCUCAUAAUGCAGGAAAAAAUCAUAUUACAAAUGUCCGAGAAUAUUAUCAAGAAAUAAGCCAUGAAAAAGCACAAAAUGUUAUUGAUUCUAUAACUAAGGCUUAUGAAAAUCAAUCAAUUAUGCCGCCAAUUCCUGGGAUGUUUCCUCAUCCUAUGAUACCUGGAGUACCACCGCCACCAAUAUCAGGUGUUCCAGGAGGAUUGCCUCCACGUCCUGGUAUGCUUGAUGCACCACUACCGCCACCUAUGCCUGGAAUGCCAUUUCCACCGCCAUUUGGUAUACCACCUCGUUUAAAUUUACCGUUUUCUGGAGGAUUUGCUCCAUUACCCAUUCCACCGCCUGGUAUACCUCAAACACAGCCUAAUCAACAACCUCCAUUUGCACCUCAAAAUAUGCCACGACCUACUCCACCAAUCUAA